CACUCACUGAACCACUGUUUGAUGGCAGCUGCAAUCGCUGACAGUUAAGGGGCCCUGAUUGGGCAAUGCCCCACCUCAUACGAAGUCUGCCCCUCCCCGCCACUGGCAGCUCCGACACACGGCGCCCACUGAUAACGAUUAGUGACUCUAACAAAAAAAGUCCCAAAUCAACAUCGACGAUAGUCUAUACAUUUGCGAUAUUUCCUCUGUUUUCGUACCAAUCCCUGACAUAUUUCCCGUGUUCUCAAUCACAUACGACACAACCACACACCAGCCAUGUCUACAACAUCUCACCCGCCCAGAUGGGCCGCCCUCGCGCGCGACACCAACGAGACAAAGAUUCAGAUGGCCCUCAACCUCGACGGCGGGGCAUUCCCCCCCGACACCGACGAGAGGCUCACCGCAGCCGUCACCGAGCACGCCUCCCAAGCCAGCAAGUCCCAGACCAUCAGCGUCAACACAGGCAUCGGAUUCCUCGACCACAUGCUCCACGCCCUCUCCAAGCACGCUGGCUGGAGUCUGGCCCUCGCCUGCAAGGGUGACCUUCACAUCGACGACCACCACACAGCAGAAGACGUCUGCAUAGCUCUAGGCUACGCCUUCGCCGCCGCCCUCGGCAGCGCAACCGGCCUCGCCCGCUUCGGCUACGCCUACGCGCCCCUCGACGAGGCCCUCUCCCGCGCCGUCGUCGACCUCUCCAACCGGCCCUACAGCGUCGUCGAGCUCGGCCUCCGCCGCGAAAGGAUUGGCGACCUCUCGUGCGAGAUGAUCCCCCACUGCCUCCAGAGCUUCGCCCAGGGCGCCCGAAUCACCCUCCACGUCGACUGCCUCCGCGGCGAAAACGACCACCACCGCGCAGAGAGCGCCUUCAAGGCCCUCGCCGUCGCCGUCAAGAUGGCUACCAGCCGCGUCGCUGGUAAGGAGGGCGAGGUGCCUAGCACCAAGGGAACCUUGAGCGCAUAAGAAAAUGGUUAAAAAGAGAAGGAGAUAAAAGCAAAAAACAUGGUAAAACAAAUGCAAAUCAUGGGGACACUGCCUGGGGGAGAGAGAGGUUUCUUGGAAUCAUUUGAAUAAU